AUGAUCAUAUAUAUCGUUGCUGGUGUUGCCUCUAGUUUGUUUCUGUUGCUGUGUUUGGCUCUCAGCUGCUGGUAUUACAAAGUCAAACAACGAAAGAUAAAUAGAAGGUAACUUACUUUUCUUAACUGGCCCCACGAAAAUAAAUGUUAACUUUAGACAAAAAUGAGACAUAGCAAAAAAAAAGUCGGUUAGGAAAUUUCAUUGUAUUAACAUAUAUUUAUAUCGAAUUAUAGCUUGUCUCACGAUGAAGUCACUUCCCAUGUGGUUCGCAGUGUUUAUGCUUCUUUAGUUCUUCAGGUUUUGCGCAUGCCAUCCUAUAAGGCGCCAUACCGCCCCGCUGUGGUUGGUUCGUUUCCAACAGCUGUUAGUGGUGCAUCGUGAUGAUGCGUUCCUCAAACUGUCCUUCUUCACACAGCUAUCCUGUUGUGCGCACAAAACCGCAGUGGAUUUCAACUCGGCCCCGAUUUCAGAAUUGGUUAUCGGUGUCCUAAUAUUUAUUUCCUGCUUCAGAAAGCAAGAUCCCAAAGAAAAACUAACUCGUGUUGGGGAACUUUGGUGCUUGUGUAAAGUUGGGUUAACAAUGUUAGUAACGCCACGCUACAGCGACUAACAUUUUGGCCCAAGAGCUCAUUAUUGUCAGUCGUUACCUUUUUACCCAUAUCUUCUCAAUUCGACAGGUCCGCUCUAUCUCUUCGCAAAAUCGUCAUCCUAGACAAGUGGGAGAUUCUUCCUGAACAGAUAGAAUACAAAGAAGAGUUAGGGCGAGGAGCUUUUGGUAUUGUUUACAAAGGAACUCUGAGAAAAAGAGCUGGGAUAGAUAUGUUUCUGACUGGUAAGAAAUCCACGCCAAAAGAGGCUUCACAGGAGGUCGCUGUAAAGGUUUUACCAGGUUUGUUAUGCGCUGAAUCUGUCUUUUCAAUCAAAAUAUGAUGCACUUUUGAGCAAAACCAGAAGCCCAUCACAUAAUGGGCUCCUAAAAAAGCAUGUGAUUUUCAAACUGUCUCCACUUUGUGAGAUGCUGUUUUAACCUCCACUAAAACGUUCAAAAAUUUAAACGAUGGGUAUUAAUCAGAUUAUCGUUUAAUUAAACACCGCAGAAAAUUCAGAUUGUUCGUUAAUUGCCACCGAUGAAUAAUUGUUUUUAAUCUAACUAAAAGGGAGGCCCUGUCACGACAAUAGCUUUUACAAAUCUUUACUACGAAACACCGCAGUAGAAUAACAUGAAAUAUUCAUCUGUACUGAGAAGUAAGCUUGUAUUUUCAAAGAGUCUCCCUCUCCCAACAAGAAAUGGAAUCCAGACAUUCACUUGCCGUGCUUGAAUUCUAUGCGAACUGAGCUUAAUAAAAUUCGUUAGCGAAUGUUUAUGCCAUCUAAAAGGCUCAUAAGUGAGAAUGUCCCUCGCACGUGUAAGAUCAAGAAAAAGAAAAGGUCCGAGUCGUUACAUUUGUGUGGGGUUGACUGCACCAACAAGCCAUGGCAAAAAAUAACAGCGACAUGAAGUUCAAAGUAUGUCGUUGCUUUCACAAAGCUGUGGAAGACACGUGCUAAAACAUUUGAGGUGAAAAAUUAGGCACACCCAGGGAUCCAGUCUCAAAUUCUACGUCUGUUACAGAUAAUCCUCGCGAAGAGCAGAAACAAGCAUUUUUGCAUGAGAUAUCGCAAAUGAAACUGUUAGGAUCACACCCCAGCAUCGUAUCCUUGGUUGGAUGUUGCACACUGCAAGACACCAAGUUUCUGGUGAUAGAGUAUGUUCCGUAUGGUGACCUUUUGCAAUGGUUACGCAGAAAUCGGCGAUUGGUAAGAGAUUUCACUUCACUCUCAUAACUCAAUUAACCUGCUGUAAAGUUUAAUUUUUCUUAAGAAUUAAAUUAAUUAUAAUCAUCGAAUCUUGUGUAGCGAUGAGAAACCUUAUUUAUUUCUGUGGCUUAGCGCGAAAUCCCGGAGUUGGUUACAGAUGUGGAUUGGUUUUGUUCUAUUCUAUGUUUAUUUCAGUCUGAUAUAUCCAUGUACAAACAUUCCCAAUUUUGAGAAGGGGAUCAGAUUAAUUAAUUUUUGCUCAUUUCUAGUUAAACUGUAUUGCUUAACGAGGGAAAAAGAGUGCUUUGUUAGGCUUAACAAUGAAGAUAUUAUAACUCCUGCAGAGUCUUAGAGACCCGGUAAGAUCUCAUCGCUAAUGAACAUGAAGGGGUCCAUUUACCAAGCAAAGGAGCAGGUCACGAUUUAUCGCCCCUGUGGUGGGGGUGGGGAAUUUUGGUUGUGACACAAUAAAAUUUACCUGACCACUCCCAAGACUCCGAAGUAUUCUGAUGACCCUCCCUUGUGGGUAGUCAAUUUCAUAUUGUCCCUUCUUUAUACUCUUAGCAACGACAGAUCCGUUCCUCCUAAAACAAUGUGAUUCCUACCAAAACAGUCCGAGCCCUCCCCUCCAGGCGAUAAACAAUGACUGUUCCGUAACCUUAUAUUGUACAGGUCAGCCAAAAUCAAGUUACUGAUGGAAAAGAGAAAGAAUAUGAAGACAAAGAAAUUUGUAUUUCCCUAAAACAGACCAACGAGUCUGGACAGGUAAGUUCCUUCAAGUUAAAUUUGUCCUGCUUGACAUAUUUCAUUCUUCACUUUUCGCAUCUUAGCGUUGAUGCGAUUCGACGAGUUCCAGCGUGGGUGUCCAGUAGUACUUUUGAUUUGAAAAUACAGCUAGGAUUUCACAGAGGGAUAAUAAUACAGGAAUAGUAAUUACCGAAAAAAAAGAGAAAAUUACUGAUUAAACAGCCAUAUUCUCUAGAAACAUUACGAAACCUAGAGAGGCUGAAUUGAGUCUUUUUGCAUUUUCUCGGUGCAGUGUCAUAUUUUCUGUGAAGUAGACAGUUGUUAAAGCUUAACUUCAUAGAUGAUAUACCUCUUUACGCAGCAGGAUUUCCAGACUUCUCAUCACCAGGAGCAUAUAGAACUGCAAACGAUACCACUGAACCUCCAAAAAAACUGCAACGCUGCCGACACCUCGACUGAAAAUCUUGGUUAUGACGAUGAUGACGAGACAGACAGCAACAGCUUCACGGUUGACAAACUCUUUUCGUUUGCUUGGCAAAUAGCACAAGGAAUGGUAAUGUAUUAUUAAAUGCAGUUCUUGAUCAAGGAAGUUGGUUGCAUGCGUUAGGUUACUAAACUACCACCAAGGAAGACGUCUCAAAUCCUCAGUGUAUUUUGCAUACACAAUCAAUUAACAGAGCAACAAAAACUUACUUACAAAUGCAAAAAGGAUGGAAACAAGCGGAACUUAAGGAGGAAAAACUUGCCUUGAGUUCGCAAGAACCUAUUUCGGAAAAGAAUGAAAUACUAUCUCUGGCUGCAUCGGUGUUUUCUAUAAAAUUGGUAGGUGUAACGUUCUUUCAUCAGUCCGCUAUUUUGACACUUUUUGCUAGAAUCACCUUGCAGAGAAAGACUUCGUCCAUCGUGACCUUGCAGCUCGUAAUAUCCUCGUUGGUCGAGACGGACGAGUGAAGGUUUCAGACUUUGGAUUAAUGCGCCAGAUCUACGAAGACGUGUACAGCCUGAAGAAAACGAAAAAACUGCCAGUAAAGUGGAUGGCCCCCGAAUCUAUUUUUGACAGUAUUUUUUCAACCAAAAGCGACGUGUGAGUAUAGAGUUUCACGAUACUUUGGGACAUUUCUCAGGCUUUAAAUUUUGUACCGUUGUCAUGGAGGCAUUCAAUGAGAAUACAUUCAAAAAAAAUAAUUGAUGAACUAAGUAUGUAACAAACUACAACUAGUUUCAAAAUAGUUGAGACAUGUUACUACAGCAAGAAAUAAUUGUUAUCAUGUGAUCCCUUUGCAAUAUUGCCAGCUAAGCAGUAUCGUGUACAAAACGUUGAUGAAAAAAGUUGAAUCGGGAAAGGAGGGCAGCUUUCGGUUUUUUUGCACUUGAUUUCUCCUUGGCCAUCUGAUGAAGUCGGUGAAUGCACUUUUUGCUGAAGUGUUUCAACAAUUUCGCAACUGGCUGUAGCUAUCUAACUAGACAUUUGUUCGCAGUUUUGUUCCACAUUCAUGACAUGAAAAUACAUUUCCUUCCUUGAACGAAAAAUUGAUUUACCCAUUAAAUUCGUACUUGCAAUUUUUGGAACAAAAGCCAUUUCUUGAGCUAUAAUGACUUAUGACAAUCAUGUAACUUUUGUGUUGUUCGAGCAGGUUCAUUUUCACUAAUAUUUUUUCUUUUAUUUAUUUCUUUUUGCAAAAAGUUGGUCGUAUGGGAUUCUUCUUUGGGAAAUGAUCACCAUGGGUAUGUCUCCAAGAAAGUUGAGACUGUUAUUCAUGACAAAAUUUUUUGCAGUUAGCUAUUUUUUCAUAAAUUUUAAUAUCACGGCUACUUAUGGUUUAACACCUACUUUUGCUUUGCAAUCAGGUGGUGUUCCUUACCCAACGCUGACUAAUUCAGAAGUAUGCAGACUUUUGAAGACUGGCUAUAGGAUGGAGAGGCCAGACAUGUGCUCUGAUGAAGUGUGAGUAACUGAAUCAACCUCACAUCUACUCGCGUGCAAAACUUAGUUCUUUUAAGUUAUUUGCAAGUAAUUGCACAUCGGCUAGAGCAGUAGUUUUGAUACCGUUAGAGCUUGAGAGCUAAAGCUUCACCUUUUGAGUAGUCUGGAAAAGCUUGUUGAAGCUUUUAGGGCAGCCACACUCUGAAAAUUGUUUUUUUUUUAAUUUGGUUAAGUUGUUAGUGCAUCCAGGACUCCAAACCCUUUGGCGCCAAUACUUUUUGCACGGACAAAUUUACUCCGAAAUUCAUGGAUUUGCAGAACUACGUAAAACUUCCCUUGUUCGUUCCAAGUCAAUAAACUUUCAAUCAAACUUAACAGCCAUUUUGAAUUAAUGUCCAUCUACAAAUGAGCAGAGAGAGAAAGAUGCAUGUUUUGAAAUAAGAACUCAUUCAACCUUUUUUUUUCCCAACAGAUAUGAACUGAUCACCGAAUGCUGGAAGGAAGAACCAGCAACUCGGCCCAGUUUCUCCCAGUUAGUUGAAAAACUAGAACUGAUUAUCUCAAAAGACACCCCUUACAUCGACUUCAGCAAGCACGAUGAAUCCGUUUCAUCAUACUACAACAUCCCCACCUUGACAAAUGACGAAGACGGCUCAUAA